AUGGUUUUCAGAUCCAUCGUUGCUUUGGCUACGAUAGUUGUGCCUUUGGUUAACUGCGCGCCGCUUACACUGCAGGAAAGGCAGACACCAAACGGUGUUCCGGAUUAUGUACUGAAAUACGCACCAAUCGUCUACCUUCACUCAAAGGAUACAUACUUUCCCACCGACAUACAAACUUUUCUGGAUCAUACAACUCCACGCGUGAAAUUCAAUGAAGUUCCCGGUCCUUCGAAGCCCCUCACUAGCUCCAACCUCGAUCAAAUGGGCAGUGACAUUUGGCUCACAUCCAACGAUGACGUGACCAAAGAUCCCACAUGGAUUAAAGGCACAAAGCCCAACGGGCAAGGAAAGACCGAAGGAGCCACUACCGCAGCUAUCAUUGUAAACGACAAAGGAAACGGCAACGUCGAUGCUUUCUACAUGUAUUUCUACGCCUACAACUAUGGUGGUGAGGUACUAGGAUGGAAUAAACUCAACUUCGGUAACCACGUAGGCGAUUGGGAGCACGUAAUGGUCCGUUUCCAAAACGGCUCUCCCCAAGCAAUCUGGUACUCUCAACACGCCAACGGCCAAGCCUUCCGCUACUCCACCGUCGAAAAAUCUGGCGACAGACCCAUUGCAUACUCUUCCAAAGGUUCCCAUGCCAACUACGCAAUCUCUGGAACCCACGACCACACUAUCCCCAAUCUCAACCUCCCCGGUGGCGUCCUAGAAGACUACACGGAUAAAGGCGUAAUGUGGGACCCCGUGCUAUCGGCCAACUUCUACAAGUUCAAUGCUGGUAACAACGCUUUUUCAGCAUAUGAUGGGCAGGCGCCGACAGCAUGGUUGAACUUUAAGGGUAGGUGGGGCGACGAAGAGUAUCCAAAGAGUGAUAAGAGACAGGUUAAAUUGUUUGGCCAGGCGAAGUUCACGGGUGGACCGACGGGGCCGGUUGAUAAACAAUUGAAUAGGGAGAAAAUCUGUCCGAAUAAUGGGCAGCUUUGCAUUUUGAGGAGUAUCCUUGUGCCGAGGAGGAGGGGUAUGGAUGGGGUUAUGCAGGAGAGGGAUGAGGUCGUUGGGUAA